AUGUCUUUUGGGGAAUCCCGGGCGGGCGAAGGUGUCUACGUCUUUGCCAUCGCAUUCCGAAUGAUGCUGGAUGGCUCCGACAUAGGCAACAUCAAGUUUGGAAACUGCGCCAUCGCCAUGCACAGCCUCAUCAUGCAUGGAACCUUCCUCGAUGCCGUGUCGGACAUCAUGCAGGAGUUGCUGGAGCAGAGUCUGCCUGGAUUCAUUCUGAUGUAUAUAUUCAUUACUCUUUCUGCCGUGACCAUCAUGAACAUGCUGAUUGGCAUCAUGUGCGAAGUGAUCACGGCUGUGGCAGAUGCUGAGAAAGAGGCGCUGCAGGUCAGCUGGACCACG